GUACCCUCUGAAGCUAACAACAACUUAUUUCAGGAGUUUCUUCUUUAGAAGUAUUGGCCCAUUGGUUUCGCCUGAUAUAUUUCAGAACUCGGGUCAGGAGUCAGGAGUCAGUAGUCAAACGCGCGUCAGAAUUCAGACCACUUCUCCGUUCAUCUACAGCAACGAGGCAAUACAAGCAACUUCUUCGUCCGCUUACAGAGAACCUUCAACCCCACAAACUCUGAAACGUCUUCCAGGAUCUCUUGUGUGCUUCCUUUGGUAUCACCACACGAGGCUUCCCACGGGAUGUUACUCUCCAUGGAACUCAUAAGCGCGUGUCUGUCAAUUCUACUCUUCGUUACGAUCCUUCAUUACAUCUAUUCAAGACUCUUUUCCACUCACUCGAUCCCUGAGAACAUUCCCUGGGUUUCACAAUCCAGCGGCCCUUUCUCACGAGCUCGCGUCACCCUCCAAAGCUUCUUGCACACUCGCCAACUUGUGCAAGGUGGCUACGACAAGUACUCCAAGAACAACAUCCCGUUUGUCCUCCCGAACAUCACCACGGGUCCCGAGGUCAUCCUUCCCAUGUCACAAAUGGAGUGGCUCUUGCAACAACCAGACAAUGUUAUCUGUCAAAACGAAGUAAAUCGAGCCUUCCUUCAAGCUGAUCAUACGAUGCUCCAUCCUCGCAUCAUUCCUGAUCACGUUCACGAAGAUGUCAUUCGAAAGGAGUUGACGAAGUUGCUUGGUGACUACACCAGCGACGUCCAGGAGGAAAUUGAUUUCGCAUUCCGAAAGGAGUGGGGAGUCGAUACUCAAGAUUGGACUGAAGUCACUACUUACGAUACCAUCUUGAACGUCAUUGCUCGCAUCUCCAAUCGUGUUCUUGUUGGCUUUCCACUCUGUCGAAAUGAAGACUAUCUCGACAAAACCAAGAAUUUUGCCCGUCUCGUCGUCGUGCAAGCAGUCUUCAUCAGUUUCUUCCCCGAAUUCAUGAAGAAAAUCAUCGCACCACUCAUCAACAUAUUCGACUACAACCGCUACCUCGCCUGCAGCAAAUACACCCUUCCCAUCAUCAAACAACGCCUCUCAGCCUCCAACCCUGACGAGAAAGCCAAGAACGACUACAUCCAAUGGUGCAUCGACCACUCGUAUCACAACUCCGACCCCAGCGAACGCACCACCGACCUAAUCUCCAAACGCCUCACAGUUCUCCAAUUCGCCACCAUCCAAUCCAGCACCAUAACCCUCACGAACCUCCUCCUGGACCUCGCCUGCCACUCUUCUCUGCCCUCUCUGCUCUUCACCCUACGCACCGAAAUCACUACCACGCUCUCCUCCUCCAACAAUAUCUGGACCAAGAGCUCCCUCGCGAAAAUGGUAUCCCUCGACUCCGUUCUGCGCGAAAGCAUGCGACUAUGGGGUUUCGUGUCCCGUGGCCUGUUAAAGAAAGUCAUAGCGCGCGAAGGCGUCAGGUUACCGAGCGGGGAGUGGUUGAAGCGUGGUACGAACGUGGGGUUCCAUCAAUCGGUUUUGCAUCGAGACGAGGACAUAUAUGAAGGGGCAGAAGAGUUUCGGCCGUUGCGGUUUGUGGAUGAGAGGGCAGGGGCCCCCGUGGUGCAGACGAGCAAGGUGUUUUUGGGUUUCUCGCAUGGACGGCAUGCUUGAACAGCCCAGGUAGAUUCUUCGCCGCGCAACAGAUGAAGCUAGUCCUGGCUUACAUAGCGCUAAACUACGACAUUGAAAGUAUCCCAACUCGUCCAGCUAAUCAGUGGUUGGUCGGAAGUCAAGGACCGCCGCUUGACUUCAAGAUUCGGGUUAAGAGGAGAAUGGGAACUGUUUGAA